GCGCGAGGUCGUGAUCCUAUCGUAGGAUGAGCUCUCCACAGGUGCCCCCGGAUGGCGCAGCCGUUGCGAGCGAGCGCGUCGUACUGGACCCGAAUAAAAUCCUCCCAGAGCCUGUGCCUGGGCGGCUCAAGAGAGCGUUCGUAAAGUUGACUGACAAGGUCACCAACUCCAAGCAGCCGCUGCCGCCGUCCACUGUACGACUGACGGAGAGAAAUCUUACUGAGUUCUUCAAUCCCUACUACAGCGACGAGCACGAUGCCUUCCACAAAGUUCAAGGUCCCAGAAAGAUAUCGAUACCAGAAUGGAUUCAAUUGCUACCAUGAGUACGACCCGUAUUCCCAGCAUGAAACCGGUGUCUCAGCUAAACUCGGCGUGUAGAACUGAAGCAAUAGAGGGUGCCCUGCCCAUUGGGCAGAACUCUCCCCAAGUGCCCCCGUACGGCCUCUACGCUGAGAAGCUUUCGGGUACGGCGUUUACCGCGCCUCGCCACGAGAACCAACAGACGUGGCUGUAUCGCAUACUUCCGGCGUCCGCACAUUCCAACUUCGAGCCGCGCGAAUCUGCAACGUUCAACACGAACCCCGAGAACAAGCCGUGGGAAAAGAUCUUUCAGAUCCCAAACCAGCUGCGGUGGGAUCCCUUCGACAUAGACGAGACGGUGGACUGGGUGCAUUCGCUGCAUCUAGUGGCAGGAUGUGGUGAUCCGACCAAGAAGCAAGGCGUAGGCUACUACAUCUUCGCCGCCGGAAAGGACAUGGAUGCGCGGAGCGCGUUCUACUCGGCGGACGGAGAUUUUUUGAUCGUCCUGCAGCACGGCGUGCUCGACAUCCGCACCGAGCUUGGCAAAAUUCUUGUCAGACCCAACGAGAUCUGCGUGAUACCGCGUGGCGUACGAUACCAGGUCAGCCUGCCGGAAGGGCCGGUCCGUGGCUACAUCCUCGAGCUGUAUCAAGGCCACUUCGCCCUGCCAGAGCUCGGCCCGAUUGGCAGCAACUGCUUGGCGAAUCCGCGGGACUUCCAAGCGCCGAUUGCGCACUUUGACGAAGACACGGAGAAUGAGUACACGAUCCUCGCCAAAUUUGCCGGCCACCUGUUCGCGGCGAAGCAACGGCAUACGCCGUUUGAUGUCGUCGCUUGGCACGGGAAUUACUACCCGUACAAGUAUGACCUCGGUCGCUUCAACACCAUCGGCUCCAUAUCGUUCGACCAUCCGGACCCCAGCAUAUUCACCGUACUGACGGCGCAGUCCGACCAUCCGGGGACUGCGAUCGCAGACUUUGUCAUCUUCCCACCGCGAUGGCUCGUCGCGGAAGACACCUUCCGCCCGCCAUGGUACCAUCGCAACACCAUGAGUGAAUUCAUGGGCCUGAUCGGCGGCGAGUAUGACGCCAAGGCGGGUGGGAAAGGUGGCUUCCAGCCCGCCGGCGCCAGUCUGCACAACGUCAUGAGCGCACACGGUCCCGACGCCGGCACUUUGGAGAAGGCAAGCACGGCAGAGCUGAAGCCCCAGAAAGUGGGCGAAGGGAGCAUGGCGUUCAUGUUCGAAAGCUGUUUGAUGGUCGGCGUGACCGAAUGGGGUCUAAGCAAGUGCAAGAAGGUUCAAGAAGGCUACAAUGCUGAGAGCUGGGUGCCCCUGAAGCCUAGAUUCAAGAGGCCCGAGAAGAAAGCGUCAGGGCCUCAAGCCCCAAUUAGCUGAGCGAAGAGCAGUAAUAUUUAUCCCCCACACCCUUCUUCCAGCCCUUCCCUGAAGCUUGCCAGAACCUGAAAGGCCAGAUAUACCAAGGUGUCAUUCACCGUGUUUUACCAUAACUCGGGUCCAA